UAUUACCGCUCAAAUUAUCCGCCAACGACCGAAUGAUGAGAUGAGGUCGAGCAAAGAAUCGAAGAAGAAAACUCGCCCCUCAUCACCGCUUAGGGACCGAACCAGUCCUUCAAAGAGGUUCGAAUCGAGGCGUCAUGGGUCUCACUCAUCGAGGCUCAGCCCCUCUACUUCCCUUCUGGACCGUGACCUUGUCACCAGCGAAGCCAAUCUCCUCGGAGACCUAAAACUCUCUCCCGAUGACUCAGUUUCAGACUACAAUCCCCGGAGCUUUCCUUACAGUGUGAAGCAGCAAUGUUGGGAUAAGGCCGAGAAGAUUAAAGGAAGGGACCCAGAUCGGUGGCGCCGAGAUGCUCUUGGUAACACUGUUUUCCGAAAGCUUGUUGGCUGCCCCGGUUGUCUUUGUCAUGACUAUGAUCAUAUUUUGCCUUACUCUAAGGGAGGAAAAAGCACACUGGAAAAUUGUCAGGUUUUGCAGGCAACUGUUAAUCGAUCGAAGGGAAACCGUACUGAACUUUCAAGAGCAGAACUAAUUCAGAAAAGCUCUUACUGCCGGGUUUCAGGUCGAGACAUGGACCUUCUUGAACUGUCUGCCUAUGGCAAUGUACAUCGUGGACAAGACCCAGGAGGGUGCAGAAUUCAGUGACUCAUCGAGUUAUUAUAUUAUUAUCUUGAGUAGAAUUGAUUCCAGUGCGAUACAUGGGAACUUAACAAUAAAAGAUUGAAAUGAUAAAAGUAGGGAAUUUUUCUUAUGUUCU